UUAGUAUGAAUUAUGAAGAGCUUAGGGCCAGUUUUUUGAUCCAUAGUUAACUCAACUAUUGGUUAAAUAUCGUUACUAAUAGUUAAAAUUCAGCAAAAUGCGUUUUUUGAUCCGUGGUAAGAGUUACUAAUGGUCAAAUAUCUAACCAUUAGUCAAAAAAGUUAACUACUCAGUAUAGGAGGGUUAAACAAGAUGGCCGCUGGUUAAUCAUAUAGUAACAGCUGUUUGUCACAGACAUCAAGUUUUGAUAAAUACGUUUAUUACUAUAAAGUGAUGAAUUUAAACAUUGUUAGAUACUUUGAUGUCGAAAGUUCUUCAGAAGAAGAAGACGAUGCUAUUACAUUAGAAUAUGUGUUACUGAGAAGACCAAAAAUGUUUAGGCAACGCCAUCCGCCACUAGAAACCUGGGAUGAUGUUGAUUUUUGUCACCGUUACCGCCUAUCGAAGGAAACAGUGCUCUGGAUUGUAAUUGAAAUUAGGAAUGAUCUUAAAACGCCCACCCUCAGGAACAAUGCCAUCACACCCCUUGAGCAAAUACUGCUGACAUUGCGGUUCUACGCCACAGGAACUAUGCAACAAUGCACUGGAGAUUUAAUGGGACUGUCUAAAUCCUCUGCAUCUAAAAUUAUCCACCGUGUCUCCAAAACAAUUUGCAUAAAGCUAAAAUAUUUUAUUCAAAUGCCACAUACAGCAGGAGCUGAAAGAAAUGUGGCAAAUUUCUAUAAAAUUGCUAAGUUUCCUAGUGUUGUUGGUGCAAUUGACUGCAGUCAUAUUCGCAUCCUCAGUCCUGGAGGUGAUAAUGGAGAACUCUAUCGAAAUAGGAAGGAUAACUUCUCCAUAAACACCCAGGCAAUUGUUGAUGCAGAACAACGAAUUAGGGAUUUAGUCGCAAGGUGGCCGGGCUCAGUGCAUGACAGCACUAUAUUCAACAAUAGUAGGGUGAAAGUUAUAAUGGAAUCGCAACAGAUUGUUGCGUUUGACUAUAGUUAAAAUAGACAUUGAAAAACGCAUUUACGAUUUUACUACUGGUCAUUUUACUAUAGUUAAAGUAACAAAUGGUCAUACCACUUUUUACUACGGAUCAAAAAACUGGCCCUUAUAGGCACCGUUUAACCUUUUCUCUAGAAUUUAUUUAUCAGGAACCAGAUCUAAAUAUUUAACAUUCUCUUCUAAUAUUAUACUAAUUCUGCACUGAAAUGUGUAUUUCCUCUUUCAUAGAUUAUUUAAUGUAAUUUUUGUUGCAUACCUAAAAUUAGUAUUCACGUAAGUACAUAGAAUGAUUAUUCUAUUAGGUCUAUUAGAUAUCUAUACUAUUAUUAUAAAGAGAAAACAUUUGUGUUUUUGUAUGUAUGUUUGUAAUGUUUUCACACAAAAACUACUGGGUGGAUUUCAAUAAUUCAUUCGACAUUAGAAAGCUGCACCUUCACUGAUGAACAUAGGCUAUAUAUACGUUUUCAAAAAUGGGGAUCCUUAAUAAAAAUGCAAUAAUAUCUAAGGUGUGAAAAAUUAUUAAUAAAAAAUGUGCACGCAUGCGCUGUGGAAACUAUUGAUGAUAAAACAGAAAAAAAUGUUGUUAUGUAUUAUAUACCGUAUAAUGUCUCUACAAUAUAUCUACAAAAAUAAUGUUAUACCAAAUGUAUGUUGGCCUAUGAUAGGCCGCCUAUCCUGGGUCGGAACUCCAAAACAUGAAAUUAUUUUGCUUUCACAAAACAAAACUACGUUAAAUGUUGUGUAUAGGAUGUCUUCCCUUAUUAGGGAAGACUUAGAAGAAGAAUAUUUUAUAGAAUUUUUAACAACUUUCAAAUCGAUCUUUUUCAAAAGACUGCUAAAUUAAAAAAAAAUUAUUUUCCUAUUUAAAAUUAAGAAUUACAAAUGUCGGGCUUUCACGUACCUAAAUAAUGUACCGAAUUAAAAAAGAUAUUUGUUUUAAAGUAAAACCUGUAUAUUGAUUAGCUUAUAAAUGUGUGUAUCUAACAAUGUGAAAUUAAUUAAGUAGACUUUUUACUACCACGUUUUGCUAGUGUUUCACACAUUGCUAUUGUCGGUCAAAGCUUGUUUUGAAAAUUUCUAAGUAAGUAUGUUAUAUAAAGCGGAUAUAAUUAAACAUCGUGCUUCGUUUAUAAAUUUUUAUUAGAGUGAACGAGAUAUAUUCAUAAUAUAAUUAUAACAUCGCAAUAAAACUUGGUAACCAAAUACAGACAAUUUCAAAUCUCAAUAUUGUGUGAUUGUACAUAACUUUUAUGGCACAUGUAACUAUAACGUAAUGUCAAUUGUAAUUAUAACAUUGUUUUGAUACACAUCUGCAUUCCAAUGUCUAUCACAUAGCCAUAGCGAUACAAAUAAUCAAAUUAUAAUAAUAAUUUAAAGAUACAAAAUCUUGAUAUAAGGGGUCGAAAAGUAUUACGUAAGCACAAUAGGAGGCUCUUUGAUUUUCAUAUUUGGUGAUUACAUCAACGGUAAUUAAUUACUUAUAUACAUAUUGUCUAUGCUUGAAAACGAAAUACAUUUCCGAGGAUUCAUACAAAAAAUUAAUACGCAUAUGUAUUAUUAUUUUUGAGAGCUUUGCUUACUUUUGCUGACAAGAAUACUUUAAUAAUUAGAAGCGCAACAAAUCCAUCAAAUACUUAUAUAUUAUAAUUUAUGUUUAGUAUUAGAAUUUGUGUGUUCAACACAGCAAACUCAACGUCGAUAAAUAAAAUCCAUAAAUAUCACAAUUCAUCGGUAAUUACAAAUUAACAA